AUGGAUCUUGAGCGAAUAUCCUCAGAGGCCGGUCGAAUAUCACAAAGCGACUCCGACAUUGCCGCGCUGCUACCCACCGCUGCCAAUGGGACCUCUAACGCUUCCAGUGGCCCAACCACCGAGGUCCGGGCAGUCUUGACGCGCCUCUACGUCUCGCAUACCCUUUCAGCAUGGAAUUCUCGUAUGUUUGAGUUCGGCGCUGUGUUGUUCCUGGCUUCGAUAUUCCCCGGGACUUUGCUCUAUGCGUCGAUUUACGCGCUUCUUCGAGCAUUUUCUGCUGUCGCCUUGUCAUCCUGGAUCGGCGCGAGAGUCGAUAAAUCAGAUCGUUUGGUGGCGUUGAGACACUCAAUUGUCUGGCAACGAGUCCCUGUUGCGGCGUCGUGUCUGUGCUUCGUCGUGCUUUUGAACUCUGCAGACUCUUCGGCUAUGGCUUUCAUCUUAUUUGUCGUAGUCUGCUUCUUGGCCUGCCUGGAGAAACUGGCAGCGACCGCCAAUACAGUGGCCGUGGAGCGUGAUUGGACAGAUAAUCACUGCUUGCAUGAGCUAAUCUGUGUGAUUCUAGACUUGAAUGCGUCAAUGAGGCGGCUCGACCUCUUUUGCAAGCUGAUCGCCCCCAUAUUUAUUUCCUUGGUCGACAGUUUCUCAACCCCGAUUGCCAUUUGGACUGUGCUGGGCCUGAACACAGUAUCUAUCGUGGUCGAAUAUGUGGCCAUUGCCCAAGUCUACCGAUCAGUGCCUGCGUUGAAGAGAGCAUCAGCGGGAGCCACUGUCCAUCAACAUGGCACGGGCGAUGAAUCUGGACCUUCUCCCCCUGGUGCAUACCAUAGCGUGUCCCGCUACCUACAGGAGACCCUAGCUCCCUGGCAAGCGUAUGUGCAGAGCCGGGUAUUCUUGGCGUCCUUUGCAUUGAGCUUGCUCUACCUCACAGUUCUCUCCUUUGGGGCUACCAUGGUGACCUAUCUGCUGCACAGUGGCUUCAAUUCGUUAGAAGUCAGCUGCAUGCGUAUCGGCUCCGUGGCAGCAGAACUGGCGGGUACAUGGACGGCACCCCUGAUUAUGAAUCGAAUUGGCCCUAUCCGCUCUGGGCUGUGGUUGCUCAACUGGCAGUUCUGCUGCGUGGCUGGAGCUGCUGUUGCAUUCGCCUUUUGGGACUCGACUUCCCGACCCGUUGCGGGGAUUUUGAUUGUAGGCGUUGCUUUGAGCCGCAUUGGACUGUGGGGCUUUGAUCUGUCAGUACAGUUUCUUGUACAAGAGAACGCCGAGGAACAUGCCCGAGCCCGUUUCUCGGCAACCGAAAUGGCGCUGCAGAAUUUUUUUGAGAUGCUCUCUUUUGCAUCGACGAUUGUGUUUUCCCGCCCAGAUCAGUUCGAGUACCCGGUGCUGAUCAGCGCCGGGGCUGUCGCCGUGGCGGCGGCAUGCUUCGCAGCAUAUGUGCGCAAGGAACGGGGUCAUCUAUUGCACCGAUCGAAGUGUCUGGGAGGAGAUAAGGUCCUUUACCGGGCUGUUGAGUUUGCAGCCUAA